AUGGCAAGAUCAGAUAAAAUUGCAGAAGUUCUCUUUUUCUUCUUUCUUUUAAAGAUUUGCUCGCAGCUCGCUAUGUCUCAUUCAUUGGUUAAGUUUCUUCCUGGAUUUGAAGGGCCUCUGCCUUUUGAACUUGAAACUGGGUAUGUGGGUGUGGGUGAAUCAGAUGAUGUCCAGCUCUUCUACUACUUCAUAAAGUCGGAGAGAAAUCCCGGGGAGGACCCUCUCCUGCUUUGGCUAACUGGUGGCCCUGGCUGCUCUAGCCUUUCAGGCCUUGUUUAUGAAAUUGGUCCACUGAAUUUCAAUGUAGUGGAAUACAAUGGAAGCUUGCCUACAUUGGUAUUGAAUCCAUACUCAUGGACAAAGAUCUCCAGCAUCAUCUUUGUAGAUUCACCCGUUGGCACUGGAUUCUCCUAUGCAACAAACCAGCAUUCAGCUCAGUCAAGUGACUUCAAACAAGUUCACCAUCUCCACCAAUUUCUCCAGAAGUGGCUGAUGGAUCAUCCAGAAUUCCUCUCAAAUCCAGUCUACAUUGCUGGGGACUCAUACGCUGGCAUUAUUCUCCCAGUGCUCUUUCAAGAAAUCUUAUACGGAAAUGAAGAAGGUAUCAGACCACUAAUCAAUCUCCAGGGAUACAUACUCGGGAACCCCAGAACAGCACCAACUGUAGAAGACAACUCCAGGAUCUCAUUUGCUCAUAGAAUGGCGCUGAUCUCUGAUGAACUCUAUGAUUCUUUGAAGAGAAGUUGUCGUGGAGAAUAUCAAAAUAUCGAUCCCAGAAACGUGGAGUGUCAGAAAGAUCUUCAGUAUUACACCAUGUGUAUAUCAGGAAUUAACCCGGCGCAUAUUCUGAAACCCUUAUGCAGUUUUGACAGUUUUACAUCCCCACAUCCACAAGAAAUGGUAGCUAGAAUGUGUCCUGAUGGACACCAGAAAGAGUUACUUGAUUCUGAACCAUCAACACUUCCUAAAUUUGGCUGUCUGAGUUAUUCCCAUUUGCUCUCUUCUUAUUGGGCUAAUGAUCGCAAGGCCAAGAAAGCAAUCCACAUAAGAAAGGGAAGCAUAGGACAAUGGAACCGGUGUAAUUUUGGAUUACCUUACACAGCUGACGUUCCGAGCAGUUUUCCAUUCCAUGUAAACCUUAGUAGCAGAGGCUACCGUGCUCUAGUUUACAGUGGUGACCAUGACAUGGUGAUUCCCUUCUUGGGAACUGAGGCAUGGAUAAAAUCUCUCAACUAUCCCAUUGUUGAUGAUUGGCGGCCAUGGAUGGUGAAAGACCAAGUUGCAGGAUACACGAGGACUUACUCCAAUCAAAUGACGUAUGCCACUAUUAAGGCUGGAGGGCACACAGCUCCCGAGUACAAGCCCGCAGAAGGUUUUGCUAUGUUUAGAAGGUGGAUAUCUGGGGAGCCUUUGUAACACAGUUAGUUCAUCACACUUCCAACUUCAAAACAAUUGACAUAAUUCCAACUUCAAAGCACUGAUGUGAACUAUGCUUUACCAUGGUUUAUUAACAUUCAUCUCUCUCUCUCCUGUGUUAAGAAGUUUAAGACAUUUACUUUUAACUAAUAAAAAUAUUAUCCCCUUAUAGGAUUUCCAUUAAAACUCAUGUAUAUUAGCAAUAGCCAGCUUGAAAUUAAGAAUCAAAUCUUGUAAAGGGGGCAUUUCAGGGAUUUUAGAUCAAAGCAAGGUCUGGCACUCAAAACAAUUACAAAUAGAGUUUUUUUGAAGGACUGCCAACAGGGUCAUUAAGAACCUAAUUAAAAGUGAUCUUAGAGGUCUAAGAAAGAAGAGUUAAAAAAAUUUUAACCUAAUUUCAUUCGGUUGAAACCGUGUAUGUACUGUUUUUUUAUCUUUUUUUU